CAGUGACAUAGGUAAUAGUGGAUUUCAAGCUAUUCUCUCGUCUUUACCAGAUUCAUUAAUUGUAUUACACUUUACACAUAAUUGUCUAGAUGCAAAAAUUUUACCUUGGUUUGAGAAUUUUAUCAAAACUCAUCCAAAGAUUAAAGAUGUUUCUCUCGAAAAUAAUCCUAUAACUCUUAACAGUGCACCUAAAUUAGAUGUAGCUGGUUUGAUAGAUCAAAUAUUAAAAAUUACAAAUGCAAAUCAGUGUAAUUGUUAUUUGGAAAUCUACACAAAGAUCCAAGAUAUAAUUGCUGAAACAACGCGUUGCAUUUGGUUACCUAGAGAGCAUAGACGAGAUUAUGAUUUACUCGAAUUAUACAAUGAAAUGAAGAAAAAUCCAACGAAAUAUUGGUCAAUAAAUAUGAGAUCUAAUUCUAAUAUGUCACUUAAUGCAUAUAAUAUUUUUCUUGAUAUUCUUAAUUGUGAUAUUCGUGUUGCUGAACUUUAUCUUGGAGAGGAUGAUAUGAACGAAGAAAUGCAAAAAUAUUUUUUCAAAGAUUUUCGUGAUAAUAAUACAGUGGAACAUUUGGAUAUAUCACACAAUAAACUUUGCAGUCAAGCUAUGAAAUAUAUUGGAUCUUUUUUAAAACAUAGCUCCAAAACUUGCGUAUUUACAUUACGUAAAUGUCAAAUUGAUAGUGAAGGAAUUCGUUAUUUAUGCAAAGGCUUGUCUGAAAGCCGUUUAUAUAGUUUAUCUUUAAUUAAUAAUCCACUUGGUAAUGAUUCCUGCGCAAGACUUUUUUCAUCUAUUCCUCCUUCAUUGAAGUCAUUAUCACUUUGGGGUGAUGACAUACCUGAGUCAUCCUUACAAACAAUUAUUGAUUUUUUGAAUACAAAUAAAACAUUAGAAACACUUAAUCUGAAGUUCAAUCCAGUUUAUGAUAAGCAUGUCGAUCAAUUAGAACAAAUAGCAAAACAAAAUGGUAUUUGCAAAUAUGCCACACAUCCUGAAUAA